AGAGGAGUAGGAGGCAGCAGCAGCCAUUUUAGCUACAUAGGACUCUGUUUACCCUUCAUGCAUGGAGCCAAUAGCUUAGAUCUCUACCAGGCUGGCUGCGAGGCGGGCGUACAGGUGCCAUGGUGACGCUGAAUCAUCUGAGUGUAGAGGAUCCAGACGAUGGCUCUCCUCUGCUGCCUGAGGCUACAGAGGCUGUAACACCAACGCCUGUCUUUCACAGACAGCGAGGGAUCACAGAGACUGACUCCAGGGAGUUUUUCCUGAGCAGGAAAGAGAACCUUGCUUUCAGUCUGGUGCUGCUGAUAGGAUGCUACUCUGCUAUUCUGAUUCCUGCAUAUCUUCCCUUGAAGGUUGCAGUUCUCAGUGAUGACAACCUACAUCCUAAAGAUCUGGUCUUACUAAACCAGUCGGCAUCCCUGCUGUCGGACCCCUGUCAGCCUUGCUGGGGUUUGAACCACCUGAAGCCCCUGUCCUGCUCUGCUGGCCUCCUGGACAUCCCAGUGUUUGUGCAGCAGGACGGGCCGGUGCCCUGGGAUCUGUCCCCUCCUCUGGGGCUCCAAGGCAGCGAGGAGCAUCUGGACCUGGCUCUUGCAUCUCUGCCUCAGCCUGGCCUGCCUCCAUCACUGAGGAGAGAUGGCAGCUGCAGGCGCUGUGUGGUGGUGGGCAGUGGAGGGGUUCUUCAUGGGAGCCAUCUAGGACCCCACAUUGAUCAGUAUGAUGUCAUCAUCAGGCUUAAUAAUGCUCCAGUGCUUGGCUUUGAGAAAGAUGCUGGUUCCCGAACAACCAUCCGCCUCGUGUACCCAGAGGGAGCACCCCACUCUGCAAUUGAGUACAAAAAGACCACCAUGGUUGCUCUGGUGGUCUUUAAGAGCCUGGACCUAGACUGGCUCACUUCUGUCAUCACCAAAAAGCCUUUGAGCUUCUGGUCCAAAAUAUGGUUCUGGAGGGAGGUGGUGGAUGAUAUUCCUCUGAGACCAGAGAACUUCAGGAUUCUCCACCCAGAGAUAAUUCACAAGACAGAACAAGUCCUACAAAAAUAUGCUCUGAAGCCGAGAAAUACGGUCCCAACACUAGGUGCGAGUGCGGUGGUGAUGGCCUUGCAGCUGUGUGACCAGGUGAGCCUGGCAGGGUUUGGGUACGACAUGAAGCACCCAGAGGCGAGGCUUCACUACUAUGAGACCAUACGCAUGGGUGCAAUGAAGGCUCAAGUGGUGCAUGAUGUCAGUGCUGAGAAACUCUUCUUGAGGGACCUGGUGGCUGCAGGAGCCAUCACAGACCUCACAGGAGCUCUGUGAGCCAGCAAUGCAGAAACUGAGAAUCUACUGAACACACUCCUCCUUCUCACUGCGAGUGUGUGGAGUCCUCCAUAAGCUUGAGGAAUCGUUUGUAACGUGGACUGACCUUUAAAAUGCUCAGUCUCCCGGGUCAACUGACAAUU